GGGGAGAAGGGGGGAACUACAAUGUUAGCCUGAGGCAUUCGGCCGAAGCUAGCGCCUAAAGCUCGGCACUCUCGGGAAAUACGCCGCUCAGCUAUGAGCAUGCCGCACAACUCAGCACGCACACAGCCAGACAGCGCGCUGUCUCUGAAUCUACGGCGUUUGGUUCAGGUGCACCCCUAUCACCGGACACUCGUGGGUUCGUUGAUCUAACCCGGAAUGUCUUAUCUAUCGCUUCAUGGUGUGUAGCAAGAGAGUGUGUGGUGUCUCUGACGCGUACCUUGAAAAAAGAGAAAAAUGCGCAGGUGGCCGGCUCAGCGCUCAGAUCAACGUCAAGAAGAAAUUUUUGAGUUGUCUGCGAAUGAGUUGACAACUGCUACAUUGACUUUAGAUUCUCCAAAUCACCACAACCAACACUUGGGUACACCAGACUGCCAAUCUACGGUGACAGUUGAGCCUCAAACUCAGACUCCCACUGUAUCACCAGCAGAAAAUAGUUCUCUGCAUCCUGAACCGUUCGCCAUCAUGGCUUUGUUGACCCCCGGGCCUAUCAUCUCACACGUGCUCAUGGUCCUCGUGGCCAUGUUGAACAUCUGCAUUCUUUCUUACGAUGCUGGGAUGAUCAACAACUUGAACUCGGUUAAGCCUUAUCAAGAUUACUUCAAGUUGAAUAGCGAUAUGAUUGGACUGAAUGUUGCCAUCAUUAGUGCCGGUUCGAUCUUCGGCGCACCGAUAGUGGGUCCCGUCGUUGAUCGUUGGGGACGAAAGACCGGCCUCGCUGUUGGCUCCAUCUGUAUCAUUCUCGGAGUUGUACUUCAAGCUUCGGCCUCGAAGGUUCCACAGCUCAUCGUCGGCCGCUUCAUUAUCGGAUUUGCCUCCCUCAUCAAUGGUUCCAUCGCUCCCAUGUGGGUUAUGGAGGUGGCGGCGCCGAAGUAUAGCUCAAUUCUUUCAAGUACCGUCUUGACAUCCGUACCUUUCACGUCAUUCUUGGUCAGUUGCAUUGUCCUGGGUAUCUAUGACAAGCAGUCCGACUGGGCAUGGAGAGGGCUUAUGCUUGGAGAAGCGGUGCCUUCUAUCAUAUCCCUAUCUCUCUUGCCAUUCGUCGACGAAAGCCCACGCUGGCUGUUUUCCAAAGGCCGCCAUGACGAGGCGAUAGGGGUGCUCGCUCGAUUACAUGCGAACGGUAACCGCGAAGAUGCUCUAGUGCUUUCAGAGACACAAGAAAUCAUCUCGGCACUGAACCACGAGAAGGAGAGCAAUGGAGGGUGGAAAGAUCUCAUUGCGCCAUCUCCAAACUUGAAACGGUUCACAAUCGCUGUAUUAACGAAUAUCUUCUAUCAAAUUUUGGGCGGAAAUAUGAUCUUAUAUUUCUCUUCCUUCCUGAUUGGGAAACUAGGAGUUUCCGAGAGGAAGUCUGUAAUCCAAAUCAACAUUGGUUUGCUGCUGUGGAAGGCUUUUUGUAGUGUGGGCGGUGUUCUUCUUAUCGACAAGAUAGGAGCUCGCAAACCGUUGAUUACCGGAACUUCCGCCACAGUUGUACUGUUUGGAAUUCUGGCCGGUCUGUCUUAUCUGACCGAGGUCCAUCCCGAGACAAAUGCGUAUGCUAUCGGUGCGAUUGUCGUUGUUGCACUGUUCCUACUUGCAGUUGCGGCAAGCUGGAGCAUCUUGGCCUACACUUACCCUCCUGAGGUGCUACGAUACUCUCAGCGCGCUAAAGGAGUUGUAGUUGCUCAAGCAAUCGGGUAUGCAUUCAGCUUCCUCAACCUUUACACCACUCCUCUCGCCAUCGAAAGGAUCUCUUGGAGAUACUAUGCCAUCAACGGUGGUUGGAAUCUUGGAAUACUGUUUGUGGUUACUUGGCUGUUUGUCGAAACCAAGGGCAGGACCUUGGAGGAGAUGGAUGAAAUCUUUGAUGGGGUUGUCUACUCGAACAAUGUCAUCAUUGAUGGCCAAAAUUCAAAGAGUGAUUUGGGAAAGGACGUCGGUGAUAGUAGCAGUGUGGCCAAGAGGAAGCUUAGCAAGGCCAGCACCCGGGAGUAAAGAAGACAAACUACCCUAACGGAAAAGUCUCAGCUGCGAAUAUGUACCAGGCAUUGAAUGAGACAAGUUGACGUCUCUCUGGAUAAUUGAAAUCACAAUGUCCCCAGCGCGCAACGCAACUCUCUGAUUCCUCAUCAUUGUAUUUUGACCGUGCGUUGCUGGACGACGACUUCAUUCACCAACCUCGACAUGACAACCCGCCGCGACGCCACCACGGUGUAGGAUUCGGACAAACUAGCGCAACCCGCGGGCCUGAGAGGGCACCGAGAGAAA